AUGUUAUCUAGAGGAGUUAAUUCAAGUUUAAAGAGAACUGCACAGAGAGCACUCAAGUCAAGUGUCGCCACCACUAGUUUGAAAUUUGCUAGUGUUGAAGCAACUAGAUCUCUCCAUAGUCAACCAAUUGCUCGUUCUACUAUCAACCACAACAGUAACUACAAAUUUGCUUCCUCAUCGUUAGGUUCCGUCAGAUAUGCGUCGACAAAAGUUAAGGUACCAGAUAUGGCUGAAUCCAUCACUGAAGGUACUUUAGCUGCUUUCAACAAAGAAGUUGGAGAUUUUGUAAACCAAGAUGAAACUAUUGCCACCAUUGAAACUGACAAAAUUGAUGUCGAGGUUAAUGCACCAGUCAGUGGUACUAUAACAAAGUUUUUAGUCGAUGUUGAAGCCACUGUUGAAGUUGGACAAGAAAUUGCUGAAAUUGAAGAAGGUGAAGCACCAGAAGGCGGUGCCAAGAAGGAAGAAACAGAAUCAGCCAAGCCUAAAGAUGAUGAAGGAGAAAAGAAGGAAGAACCAAAGAAAGAGGAGCCAAAGAAGCAAGAAUCAGAAUCGAAACCAGCUCCUGCCAAAAAAGAAGAACCAGAAAAGGAAUCAAAAUCAGCACCUCAAAAGAAGGAAAGUUCAUCAUCAGACACUGCACCAACUUUUACCAACUUUUCCAGAAAUGAAGAAAGAGUCAAGAUGAACAGAAUGAGAUUGAGAAUUGCUGAACGUCUUAAGGAAUCGCAAAACACUGCUGCUUCGUUGACUACUUUCAACGAAGUUGAUAUGUCCAACUUGAUGGAAAUGAGAAAAUUAUACAAGGAUGAAUUUUUAGAAAAGACUGGUAUCAAGUUGGGUUUCAUGGGUGCUUUCUCGAAAGCUGCUUGUUUAGCUGCCAAGGAUAUCCCAGCCGUCAAUGCCGCUAUUGAAAACAAUGAUACUUUAGUAUUUAGAGAUUACACCGAUAUUUCAAUUGCCGUGGCCACCCCCAAGGGUUUAGUCACUCCAAUUGUGCGUAAUGCCGAAUCAAGAUCCAUUUUGGGAAUUGAACAAGAAAUUUCCAACUUGGGUAAAAAGGCCAGAGACGGUAAGUUAGCUUUGGAAGACAUGGUUGGUGGUACAUUCACCAUCUCCAACGGAGGUGUCUUUGGUUCAUUAUAUGGUACACCAAUCAUCAAUAUGCCGCAAACUGCUGUUUUGGGAUUGCAUGGUGUAAAACAAAGACCAGUUACCGUAAAUGGACAAAUUGUUUCGCGUCCAAUGAUGUACUUGGCCUUGACUUAUGAUCACAGAGUUUUAGAUGGUAGAGAAGCAGUAACAUUUUUAAAGACAAUUAAAGAGUUGAUUGAAGAUCCAAGAAAGAUGUUGCUUUUAGAGUAA